AUGAGAAUACCUAAGGAAAUAUUACUCUAUAAAAAUAUUUUUUCAGUUUUCACCAGUGAUCCUGACAAUAGUUAUUGCCCUAUCGAUCUUCCAAACACUUGCAGAAAUACUACUGAGAUAAAGGAUAGCUGUUGCUUUGAAUACCCAGGCGGGGUAUUUCUACAAUCUCAAUUUUGGAAUUAUAAGACUAGUAAGAUUGGGAUGAAUGAGAGUGAGAUCGUGAAAGAGUUAGGUCCUUUAGAUUCGUUUACCAUCCAUGGUUUAUGGCCAGAUAAUUGUGAUGGUUCAUAUGAACAGUUCUGUAGAAGGGAACUUUUCAUUGAUGAUGUUUAUUACAUCCUGCAUACUGGAAAUUUCCCAAAUACCGAGGAACUUUACGAUGACUUGGAUCUACUGUGGAAGAGUAAUGUUGUUGGAGGUGAUGAAUCGUUAUGGAUUCAUGAAUUUAAUAAACAUGGUAGUUGUAUUAAGAACUUAUAUUCUCAAUGUUAUGAAAGAUGGAAUGAAAACGAAGAAAAGGAAGAAAAAUUAUGGAAGGAAAGGGGAGUCAUUGAUUACUUUAAUGUCACUGUAAAUCUUUUCAAGAAAUUAGAUACCUAUAGUGCGUUAAAAGAACACAAUAUUCUUCCAAGUAUUGACAAGACGUACACUAGGACAGAGAUAGAAGAUGCAUUAAAAGAAAGUUUUGGAGGGAAAGAGGUACUUAUUAACUGUGAUAGAAACAACGUAAUCAAUGAAAUAUGGUACUAUCAUUUAUUACAGGGGUCAAUCCUAAAUGAAGAUUUCCAACCAUUAUCCGUGAAUGAUCUUGGUAAAAAAAAACCGUUUUCACGUUGUCAUGAUACAGGUAUCAAGUAUUAUCCAAAGGGUCAUUUCCCAAAGGGCCAAAUUCCUGGAGGUGACAGAAGAGGUCAACGGGGGGUUCUAAGAAUAAUUGAUGAGAAAACAGAUAAAUCGGUUGGUUUUAUUAUUAAAGAUGGGCAUUGGAUGUCUAAGGGAUCCCCAGCUAAUUAUCAAUUAAUCAAAUCUCCUUUUGGUAAUUAUAAUUUGAAGAGUAGACUAGGAUAUUGCCAAGUUACUAAGAAUGAUGAAUUAGCUUGCCAUUAUAAGGAUGUUCAACAAGCUUCACAAUUUGAAUAUGAUUCCAAAAUGGGAUUUAUCGGGUAUUCAAAUUCCUAUAAAUGGGGCAGUUCCGAUAUUCCAAAGAAUACCAAGAAAGGUACAAUAUCUAUAAUUAGCAAUAACGAGGAUGACUUUAAAUAUAAAUGGAACAUGAAGUUCAUCGGUAUAUAG